AUGAGCAGCCGAUCGAAGGAAAAAGUCACCGCAAUGUUCCGCAAGAUCUUCAAAUCCUCAAACAAAGAAGGCGAAGGCCCCAGUAAACCCAAUCCCUCAGGAUCAGGCUCUCCCGCUCGCCGGCUUUUAAGAGGUUGCCGCGAUUCGGUGUCUCCCGCCGCCCCCCAGGCCAGUCCAGCCUUCACCUCCAGCAAGGGGAAAAAGGGGGAAGACGGACCCUCCCAUAAAAGUGUUCGCGCCCGUAGACUCAUGAAGGAGUAUCGCGAUUUGCAGCGUCUCCAAAACUCCAAAACGGACCCAGUGUUCACCGUCGAGUUAGUUGACGAUAAUUUAUUCGAGUGGCACGUGAAAGUGUACAAAUUAGACGCUGAAAGUGAGUUAGGCAACGACAUGAAGGAGUUGGGCAUAAACUACAUUCUUUUGCAUGUAGUUUUUCCCGAAAACUUUCCCUUCGCCCCUCCCUUUAUGAGGGUGAUUUCGCCGAGGAUAGAGAAAGGGUUUGUUAUGGAGGGCGGCGCAAUUUGCAUGGAGUUAUUGACACCAAGGGGAUGGGCGAGUGCUUACACAGUCGAAGCCGUUAUCAUGCAAUUCGCCGCCAGUGUCGUUAAAGGUCAGGGCCGGAUCCAGAGGAAAACCAAAGGGCAAAAAGUGUUCAGUAAAAGGACGGCAGAGGAGAGCUUUAGGUCGCUGGUUAAGACACAUGACAAAUAUGGCUGGGUCACACCCAGUUUAGCCGAUGGUUAAAUACUCUUGUCCAAAUAUAUCGAAUCCGUUCCGUUUAACAGUGUUAUCUGAAUGUUCAGAAUAGAUAUGUAUUUUAUGAUAAAGCUGUAUACUUAUAUUGUCCAAUUUAGACAUUUAUUCAAAUCACAUUUAAGUAAUUUUUGGCAUUAUAAGUAAUUUCGUUUCAACUGCCGAAUUAAAGCAAAAAUCCCUUCCAAUAUUGUGGUCCCGAUUUAAUUGGAAUUUCCGGAUUUGUAGUUGCCAGAUUUUGCCCCAAUGCAUGCAAGUAUAUAUUUAUCUGUGUGGAACAAACAUCAAAAACAUUAAAGCACCAAUUUCAAACUUUCCACUCGUUUCAUUCUUUAAUAAUAUGUGCAAACUUUUGCGAAAAUAACAAAUUUAAUAUCUUACUCUCUCACUAGAAAUGUCUAAAUGGUAAAUCAUUUUUAGUGUGACUGAAGUUUUUAAUUUGAAAGUGAAAAAAUGUGAUUGUUUUACCAUAUUUAAUUCGUUCGUGUUUUGUCUAGUUAUUCGACAAAACUGAAAUGCUAAAGGCUAAUGUUCAAAAAUGAAAAUGCUCAUUCAAAGUAUAUUUUAUAGUACAUUUAGUAAAAUAGGUGAGUUAGUGUAAUUAUUGUACCUCCCAAAAAGUCCACUGAAACAGUAUUUUAGCUAAUAGUUGUGAUUUGUUGUUAAAUGUGUAUUUUUUUAUUUACUCUUUUGUCUUCCAGGGUCAAUUUUAUGUAACCAAUUUAUUUUUAAGAUACAUAUUUAAACUUGAUUCAAGUAAUUGUUACUUAAUGAUAAUAAAUGUAACAAUAAAUGUU